ACUUUGUGAGAGCCCUUCACAACCUGACAGGGCUGAGAUGAGCCGAAGAACCAAGCCCGGAGGCCGAGGGCAGCAGGAAAAUGUGCCUUCCUGCCUCCUUGAGGAUCUUGAGAACCAGCAAGUAUUUGAACUUUUGGGCAGGAAAUGCACGACCAUGGUCACAACAGUGGUCCAACUCCUCCUGGCUUUGCCUCAGAGCAGCAGAAACUGGUCCAAACAGAGUUCUGGAGUGCUGUGUUUCAUAAAGGAUAUCCCUAAACGUUCUUACUUCAUCCGCUUAUAUGAUCUUAAGGAGAGGAAGAUGACCUGGGAGCAAGAGUUGUACAACCAGAUGGUUUAUGUUGCUCCCACUACCUUUUUCCAUACCUUUUUAGGAGAUGAGUGCAGUGUGGGACUCAACUUUGCUGAUGAGCGAGAGGCACACGCUUUUCAAGAAAUGGUGGUAGAGAAGAUUCAGAAGAGGAACCAGAGGGAUAACAGACAACUGCCGCCACCACCCCCUCCAGUGAAUGGGGACAGAAGAGCACCUUUCUCACGGCCCCCACUUUCUGGAGUUGAUACGAAUGGGCCUUGCUUGCAGCCAAAUUCCCCUUCUACUCCACUGUCUCUGGCAACUGUUGAUAUACAGAAUCCUGACAUCACCUUUUCCCGCUAUCGUGGUCUCCCAGUCCCAACUGCAGUAGAUAAGAAGAAGGGGAAAAAGAAGAUUUCUAAGGCUGACAUUGGUGCUCCUAGUGGAUUUAAGCACAUCCAGCACAUUGGAUGGGAUCCCAACAGUGGAUUUGAUUUGAACAAUUUAGACCCUGAUUUGAAGACAUUCUUCUCUAAGGCGGGAAUCAGUGAUGCUCAGUUGACUGAUGCUAAGACCUCAAAGAUUAUCUACGAUUUCAUUGAAGGCCAAGGAGGGUUGGAAGCUGUCAAGGAAGAACUGAGACGACAAGGUCCAAGUCAUCCUCCUCCCCCACCUCCACAUCGUGCAAGCCCCCAUCUCCCAACUAGUGGGCAAGGCCGAAGUGGUCCCUUACCACCUCUCCCAGGUGCCCCUAUGAUAUCAAAUAGGGGAGAUGUCCCCUCCCCACCACAAUCUUCUAGGCGACAUCCCUGCCCCCAAUUGGGACCACCUCCACCCACUUCACGUUCUGGAUCACAUCCUCCUCCCCCACCUCCAUUUGUGUCAGGCCCACCCCCACCACCCCCGCCACCCCCACCACCUCCUUCAUUCCAGGGUUCUGCACCAUGUCCCCCUCCACCUCUUCCUUCUGGAGGGUUUGGAUCUCCGGGCACCCAGCCACCUGCUGUCUCUUCAGGGCGGGGUGCAUUGCUGGACCAGAUACGCCAAGGAAUACAGCUCAACAAGACACCCGAUGUUGUGGAUUCUGCACCAUCCAUGCAGAGUCCUGAAGGCCUGGUAGGGGCUCUUAUGCAUGUGAUGCAGAAGAGGAGCAAAGUCAUCCACUCUUCAGAUGAAGAUGAAGAUAAUGGCGAUGAAGAUGAUGACGAUGAAUGGGAUGACUGAGUCUAGAAAUACACCUGACACCAAGUCUGAUCCUUCUGUCAGCCUACUUCCUUAGGCAUUUAACCAGAUGGUGACUCUGCCAUUAUUCCUUUAAUACUUCUGGAAUCCCACUAGGGCAGAGGCAGCUCUGCUUUAAUGAAGGCAGCAAAGGGUUAUUUUCCCAUCCUCCUGUUCAGCAUCACUUAGGCCUAAGCAUAUUCUCCUCCCUCACCUGUGCACCUGGAUGCCUUUGACAGUUUUAGAAAGUAAGUUGUAAUCCUAUCUCUUUGAACCCCCCAGUUUUGACAAUACCAUCCAUAAUCUCCUGCAUCUAUUUUUCUAAGAGUUGUAUCAUCUUUCAGCCAACCCACUCAGGAACCUUUCUUUUGCCUACCUAAUUGUGUUUUCCCCCCCAAAGUUUUGAAGCCAAAAUGCAGGCAUGAUGAUGACAAGAAUGUAAGCAAGUUCUCUUUAUUUUUUUGAAAUAAAAUCCCUUGUACGUUGUUAACUCACACUGAAACUUUAGUUAUCUAAAUUGUUUGUACACCUUUCAAAAGAAUUUUUAUCUUGCUUUAGCAUUCGUAAUGGGGAACUGACUUCUAUACUUUAUGACAAACAUAUGCUUAUUUACAUUUUACCAGAGUGAACUACCCUUAAAAAUAUAUAUCAUACACAUUUGUACUGAAAAUUAUAGUAUUUUCAAUGGAUUUGAUUAUGAGUUCUUCUUCUGUUCCCAAAAGAGGGAGUGAUUUCUGUCAUUUCUCUCCUUAAACCAGCAUCCCCAACUUAUUAAUCUUAGUGGUUAAUCACUUGGUUCAAACUUUUAGAGAGUACAGAAAAAUUUUGCUGUGGUACCUGAGGUUAUAGAAACUGUUUUCUGGAUGGUAGCAGGUUUGGAAUGGUGGCAAUCAACUGAGAAAAAGGGAAGAUGGGAAAACCUCAUUUCAUAACCUGUUCAGGGAAAGAAAUGUACUUUUAUAUGAAUGUGCUUUUUGGACUAAAAAUAAAAACUAAACCUAAACUUAA